AUGGUUAGUACUGCAUUUGUGAUCAGUGAGGGGAAGAUGAGUUGCACUGUUGCAGAUGCUGUGAACUACAAAGGUUUUCCUGCUGACAAGUCCAAAACAGGCGGUUGGGUGCCCGCUGCUCUAAUUUUAGGGAUUGAAAUGGCUGAGAGGCUUUGCACCAUGGGGAUUGCAGUUAACCUGGUGACAUAUUUGAUUGGAAUCAUGCAUAUUCCAAGCUCAACUUCAGCCAAUAUUGUCACUGAUUUUGUAGGCACAACAUAUCUAUUGUGUUUGCUUGGAGGUUUUCUAGCAGAUUCCUUCCUUGAAAGAUAUAAGACAAUUGCAAUCUUUACUACAAUACAAACACUGGGUACUGCCACAUUAGCAAUCUCAACAAAAUUGCCACAGCUAAGUCCACCACCUUGCCAUGCCACCCCUAUCAAUGAUAAUUGCAAACAAGCCAAUGGAUUCCAAAUGGGAAUCUUAUACAUGGCUUUAUACCUCAUUGCAAUAGGAACUGGUGGCCUAAAGUCUAGUGUUUCAGGAUUUGGUUCAGACCAAUUUGAUGAGAAAGAUGAGAAGGAGAAAUCCCAAAUGGCCUAUUUCUUCAACAGAUUUUAUUUCUUCAUCAGUUUGGGAACUCUGGCAGCUGUCACAGUACUUAUUUAUAUACAAGAUGAAGUGAGUAGAAGUUGGGCUUAUGGAAUAUGUUCUGUUUCUAUGGUCAUAGCCAAUUUGGUAUUCUUAUCAGGAACUAAAAGAUACAGAUACAAGAAAAGUUUGGGAAGUCCCAUUGUCCACAUUUUCCAAGUUAUUGUUGCAGCAAUAAGGAAACGGAAGAUGGAACUACCAUACAAUGUUAUCUCUUUGUAUGAUGACACUCCACAGGAUUCAAGAAUAGAGCACACCAAUCAGCUUCAUUUCUUGGACAAAGCUGCCAUUGUGGCAGAAGGUGAUUUUGAGAGGAAUUUAUCUGAUUCUGCUCCAAAUCCGUGGAAACUAUGCUCAUUGACAAGGGUCGAAGAAGUGAAAAUGAUGGUUAGACUUCUGCCAAUAUGGACCACAACCAUAAUGUUUUGGACCAUACAUGCACAGAUGAUCACCUUUUCAGUUGAGCAAGCUUCCACCAUGGAAAGGAAUAUUGGGAGCUUCCAAGUCCCACCAGGCUCUCUCGCUGUCUUCUUGGUGGGAACAAUACUAAUCACUCUUGCUGUGUAUGACAGACUCAUCAUGCCCCUUUGGAAAAAGUGGAAUGGCAAAUCAGGUUUCACAAACCUACAAAGGAUAGCAAUUGGACUUGUAUUUUCCACUUUUGCUAUGACAGCUGCUUAUCUAUGCGAAAGGAAACGUUUGUCUGUGGCAAAAGGUGUAAGUGGCAACCAAACAACACUCCCUAUAAGCGUUUUCCUUCUAAUCCCACAGUUCAUAUUGGUGGGUUUUGGUGAAGCAUUCAUAUACACUGGACAACUUGGUUUCUUCAUAACACAAUCGCCAAAAGGAAUGAAAACAAUAAGCACUGGUCUCUUUCUCACAACUUUAUCACUUGGUUUCUUCUUCAGUAGUGUCCUUGUCUCGGUUGUGAAGAAAGUAACUGGGUCACAAGAUGGUCAAGGUUGGCUAGCUAACAAUAUAAAUAAGGGUAGGCUUGAUUUGUUCUAUGCACUGCUUACCACACUUAGUUUGAUUAAUUUCAUAGCAUUUGUGACAUGUGCAAUGUGGUAUAUGCCUAAGAAAAAUAAACUUUCUGUUACUUACAGUAACUGCUGA